UGGUGUCCUAAUGUUCAGUUCAGCAAACGGUGUCGGUUCGGAGUACAAUAACUUCCUUGCGCGUGCGAAUCUGGAAUAAAAAACCAUAAGUUGGCACAAUAUCAGGCAGCAUUAGCAUCAGGAGUACGAAAUUUUCAUUCUCUUCCAGAUUUACACAAAGAAAGUUAACAAUUAAGUACUUAGGUUUUUUGUAAUGGCGGCAACUGAAGCAAAGGUAACAACUGAGAAUUCAAAGGUAGAUCUCUUUGAAGAUGAUGAUGAAUUUGAAGAAUUUGAAACUAAUCAAGAUUGGGAUGACAAAGAAGAAGGGAAUGAGGUAAUUAAACAGUGGGAAGACGACUGGGAUGAUGAUGAUGUGAGUGAUGAUUUCUCUCUACAGCUGAGGAGGGAAUUGGAGAGCAAUGCUGUGAAGAGUUAAGUCUUAUCAACAUCCUGCAUUAUCUUUUUAUUGCUGGUUCUUUGCUGUAACAAAUUACUUUAGCAUAUGUACAUCGUUUACAAAUGUUUUUGGACAUAGAAACUACUGGUUUUCAGCUAGUUCUUUUUUGUUUUGUUUUUUGCGAACCUAAUCAGAGCUUCAAGUGUGAAUCCUCUGACUUAAAGCUUCUAGGAGAUCUUAAUUUAGUUGAUUGCAUCAUUUUAAGUGCCUAAUGUGAUGUGUAGACUUCUGUGCACAACAGAUCAAAAUUCCUAUUGCUGGAAUGUGAAUAUCUGCAUUUUGUUAA